AAGCUCCCAUAAGACCAGCACUGCUCCCAUUCGUUCAAUGACAGCACAUACUGACAAUUCCAUGGACUUUGCCUGGUCUGUUCUCAUUUCUACGAGGAUAAUACGAUUGCUACGGAAUGCCUACCACACGGCCUGAGAGGCCCACCGCCCAGGACAGGCGCCGCGGCGAGUCUGCCCUCAGCGAUUUUGCUGAAUACGUCCAGAAGCAACAAGGCAAGCGCCGUCCCGCAACCGACCAGGACUCCGCCUAUGGCACUGCCACGCCAUCUGUGGUCACCGAGGAGCACGACGAGCUCGACAUCAUCGAUCAGCUAGGUCUGGCCGAUGAGACUCAAAGCAUCAAGCUAAGACACAUUCUUCUCGAUGCGUCUGUUGACGCCGACGAAAGCGCCACACUCUUGACGAACUAUAUUAACGGCCGCUUGAUCGAAGGCCACGGCGAGGUACUCUUUGACCUUGGUCUUGAGGACAACGGGGAUUCUAUGGGCUUCAGUCGGGAGAAUUGGGACUUUGCGCUGGAGCGGCUGAAGAAGGCGGCGGCAGUUGCCAAUGCCGACUGUAGGCUGCUAAUGACGAGAAAUGUCGAUGGUGAAGUAGAAGUCGGACCGGCAAAUUCAAAGGAUACGAGCGUGUCUGGGAAGCUCAUCGUAAGACGAAAGCCCGAGACGGUCGACGAUGUCAUCGAGACGCGCAUUGCGGUCGUGGGCAAUGUUGACGCAGGCAAGUCCACCAUGCUUGGAGUCCUCGUUAAAGGCGGACUCGACGAUGGCCGCGGUAAAAUGCGCGUCAAUCUUUUUCGACAUAAGCAUGAAAUCGAGAGCGGACGGACCAGUUCCGUUGGCAUGGAAAUCAUGGGUUUUGACAGCCACGGGGAGGUGGUUUCGUCCACGGUACCCGGCAGAAAACUCACUUGGGAAGAAAUUGGUCGACGAUCUGCCAAAGUUAUCAGCUUCACCGACCUUGCGGGUCAUGAACGGUAUCUGAGAACUACGGUGUUUGGCAUGCUCUCCAGCGAACCUAACUACUGCUUGCUAAUGGUCGCUGCCAACAAUGGACUUAUUGGCAUGAGCAAGGAGCAUCUUGGAAUUGCCGUCGCGCUGAAUGUUCCAAUCAUGGUUAUCAUUACGAAAAUCGACAUCUGUCCACCGAACAUUCUUCAGGAAACCAUCACUCAGCUUACCAAAAUCCUCAAAUCCCCAGGCGCCAGGAAGAUACCAAUCUUCAUCAAGGAUAGGGAGAGCUGCAUUAACACUGCAACUCAAUUCGUCAGUCGACGUAUCUGCCCUAUAUUCCAAGUUUCCAACGUGACCGGCCAGUCCGUUGAUCUUGUUCGAACAUUCCUAAACAUCAUCCCACAUCAUGGUAACUAUGAUGCUGAUGCGCCAUUUGAGUUCCACGUCAACGAUACGUUUUCUGUUCCUUUCGUGGGUACUGUCGUCUCUGGUGUCGUCAAAAGCGGCGUUUUACAUGCUGGAGAUACCGUACUUGUUGGUCCAGACUCUCUGGGACAAUUCACUACUACCAAGGUUCGGUCCAUCCAACGUAAGCGUAUCGACGUUCCUGGAUGUGCAGCCGGUCAAUCCGCCAGCUUAGCGUUGAGGAACGUACGACGGAAGGAUGUACGGAAAGGAAUGGUCGUAUUACCGCGUCCUGACCCAGCAGCGCCUCCGCCAAAGGUAUACCGCGAAUUUAUCGCCGAGGUGUUGAUCCUUUCCCACGCUACGACAAUCAAGACGAAGUACCAGGCCAUGCUUCAUGUGGGACCGGUAUCUCAAACUUGUGCCAUCAUCGAUAUUGAUCGUUCAUACAUACGGACAGGCGAUAGGGCAGUAGUUGCGUUCAGAUUCGUGCAGAGACCUGAGUAUAUCACUCCUGGCGAGCGAAUACUCUUCCGUGAAGGGCGAACCAAAGGUCUCGGUAUUGUCAAAGCAGUCGGGUACGAUCCGAAACAUCCGCUCAAUCCCGAAGCAGCGAACGAAGCUAGCGACAGCAAUGGGAGAGCGUAAAACAGCGAUACGUUUUGGCCUUUGAAGGGGACUGGAACUCAGGUUUGUAUGGAUGGCUUCUCAGCCUUGGCGGAGUUUACGCAAGGAGUUCUUGGAGCAUUUCGUUCCGUUGGUUUUUGUAUAGCGUUAGGCGCUCGAUCCUUUUUUGCUGGUCUAGUUUUAAAUUGUUCUCUUUGUCCUUGUUAUUCUCGUUGUCAACUAUCGUUCUCUGAAUCGUAAAAGCUCUGUAGGUGAACUUCAGUUCAUAUAAGUGCGUGC